CUUGGAAUUGAACAAAACUUAAUAUAUGAUUUGUUUUUAUCCCGAACAUCUUCCUCAAACUCGAGGGCCUGCAUUAGGAUUGAUCAAUGACCUUCUGACCUUCUAGAUGGCAGUUCAAAUGACAUUUGGGUUUUCUUUGCAGGCCUCGAUCGAUCUAUUUCCGUUUGAUCGACACUGACAGAUCGCUACACUGAGGAAUUGACGUCUGGACGAUGGAAUCCGUAUGAGAUCAUCGCAUUCUUCGCCGUUUCUUCCUCACAAUGCUUGGCAAGGAGUAUAUGUGACCUCGUACUUGGUGCUUUGCCAAUGUGACCUGGUUCCUAAGUGCUACGUGCUACGUGCUACGUAUGUGCUACAGUGCUGCAGUACGCUUGCAAGUGCUCAACCGGCCAAUGUCUCGACGAUCCAACAGUCCAUCCAUCCAAAGGCAUCCAGCAAUGAACCCCUUCGGACCCCAAAACAAACGCGAGGGGCUAGCUAUAAGGAGCAUUGACUCCGAGCGAGCGUUUCAGAACCUCCACUGAAAUGAGGAUAGCCGCGGGUGGAGUUGACCAGCGAAUUGGGAACGACGGUGCCCCUGAACCAGCCCGUCGAACGGGAAAAUAGUCGUCUGCGAAACGAGCAGAGGUUCGCCAGUGCCCAUCGUCAGUGUCUUCUCUCGGCCUAUCAGGUGGCUCUCUCGCCGUCUGUCAAUCGUUCCCAUCGGAGGUCUGAUUGGGGCGUCCGUCCCAUCACGAUCUUGAGAUCUCAUCCGUGGCCCCAACUGUUGUGCCCGCUCCCCUAAUCUUCGACGGAGUCUGAGGAGACAGAGCACCGGAGUGCACUAACGACUAACGAGCGAACAGUUGGGCAACAAUACAUUAGUUGAUCUAUUCUUGUUCGGUGCGACCCCGUUCGGUGGAAGGUUGCGCCUCCCCCAAUUGGACCCGUCCAGUAGUCCAGACUCUCUCCCCCUUCUUUCCCUUCUCUCUGCCCCCCUCCACUCCUCUCCUCUGGAUCCCGACUCCUCUGCAACAGACCGCGACUGGUCUUCCACAGCCUCUUCGGCACGCUCCUCAUGCCGUGCGAGCCAUGUCUCUCAAUGGGCUAGAUACUCCCACCGUCGUCGAAGUCUACCAGAAUGCCCUGGCCGACGCGGGCGGUUGGUUUCUUCUACACUAUACCGCACGGGACGAGGUCGCCCUCCUCGAUCGAGGCACCGGCGGGGUGCCCGAGGUGCGCAAUGCCAUCGACAACUACAAUGAGACCUCGCCACUUUAUGGCUUCUUGCACUACCGCAGGAGGAAGGUCAUUCUGCGGUACAUGCCCGAGGGUCUAUCACGGCUCAUACUAGCCCGGAGUAAUGUCCAGUUUCAAUCCGUUCUCGACAAGUUCACCCCGCACGAUACGGUUCUUCCUCUCACGCAGGCUUCCGAUUUGAACGAGAGCGCCCUGUCCUCCGCUUGCCUUCUUCACACGGCAUCCGGAUCGAUCACGUCUUCCUCGAGCUCCCUCCGGCGUCGUCGGUUGAUGGAGAUUACUGAGGAUGCGGAAGAAAAUGGCGCAAAGGAGGAGACGAAGGAUAAAUCGGAACCGCAACCUCCUGCCAGGGUAGAAACAAGACAACGAUCGGGCAGCCAAAAGUCCGAGGCUACCAUUGUGCCCCCACCCUCGACUACCUCCCCCGAAGUCGAUGUGUCCUCGCCCGAUCUUCAACCUCCACCUUCGCGAGCAAGUUCUCGUUCGCCUCUCUCACGCGGUAGCCCAAGCGAAUCGCAUUCGAGUCCCAUUUCUCCAUCUUCCCCUCGAUCUCCAGAAUCCGUCACUUCGGAGUCUUCAAGAUAUAGAAAUAUCCUAGACGAGUUUCCUCGCCCGUCAGAGGAAAUUCGUAUGUCUACCCAGUCUGCGCGGCCCUCGUUGCGUGAUCUAGAGCGAGCUGCUGGAUACACACCGAAAGUCAAGCUUGGUCCUCGUCCUUCAGUCGACGGAAGUGGACGGCCUCGCACAUCGGGAAGCUCUCGAAACCCCGAUCAGCGUCCGGUUGCCGCCAUGCCGGCCGGCAUGCGCUCGUCCUCCGUGCGGAAACCCCCGAGUAUCAACGAAGUCCCCCGUCCCCGAUCUCAAGGAAGCUCGUUUGCAACCAAACCGAGUAGUCGAGCACCUCCGAUUCCGCCUCUGCUGGUUCCUCCUCCGUCGAUUCCUAUUUCGAGACCACCACCCUCUCCGGGUGCUAAGUCCUUGGGGGCGCUGUCAACCUCGUCCGGCCUGACGCCCGAGAAAGAACGUUUAAUGAAAGCGUUACAGCAACGGAAGAAACAACUUGCUAAGCGGGCGGAGCAAACGAAGAAGAACCAUGCAAUGCCUGAUGUAGCGGAGGAGGUGAAGACGGCAACUACAAAAGCGUCUGUACGGAGUGAAGAGGAAGAUAAAGACAACAUUUCUCUGGCUCGGCAAACUGAAAGUCCUAAAAUUGAGACUGAAACAGUAACCGCAGCUGAAACCAAGCUCGAGCCAGGAAGGUCACAAGAGAGUCAAACCCUUGGGAAUCUUGCAGAGCCACCCGUGUCGAUUCCCGAGCCAUCCGAAGUACCUGAGCAGCCUCAAGAGCAAGCUCCAGCUGGCCCCGGGGAGGAUCAACCCGCUGCCUUCCCGGAGGCACCAGAACUUGAUUCACUUCAGGACCAGGCAACAAUCGCGCCUGAAAACGAACAGGCUCUUUCUGAAACUUCAAAAGCUGACCCGGAAUUGAUCACCGACGCUCCGGUCUCUGAUUCCGAAUGCCCAUCUUCUCCUACUUCGAGUCCCAGUGCCGACACCACAUUUUCUACUGACCGCGCCGAGACACCUCUGGAGGCUGCAAAGUCCGAAGUGCCGCAAAUUCUCGUUAAAAACGAGGUUCCUGAGGUUGAAACACGCUCGGAGCACGAGGGCUCCGCAAUCUCUGUCCCGAUUGAGACUAAGGACGACCUAGUCCCACCUAGCGCCAACGUCGAAGUCCCACUCACCAAGGAGGCAACCCACGACCCAGACUCGACGCCAGAAUCGGAAUCCGCUUCUCCUGUGCAACAACUUGCUGAGGUCGCCUCGGUCGUCGACCUACAAUUAGAGGAGGCAGCCACCGAAGAGGCAGUCUCUGCAGAGGUCCCCCAAACAGUCACCAUCCCCAUCCUUCCUCCCGUGGAGUCUCCCCCUAGCCCCGUAGUCGAGCCUCCGGUCGCGCCCGUCUUGGUCUCGAUUGAACCCCUACCUCAAAACGAGAUCACGCCUGAGCAACCCACUUGGAGUCUUACCCCCGCCGUUCCCCCUCUGGACCAAAGGCGACGAAAACACCUGGAGCCGAUUCAAGUACCGACGCAGGAAUUCUCCGACGACGACUGUCUCCUCUCGGAUGAUUCUUUCAUGGAGGAGCUAAGAUCAGCCACCGUGCAGGAGGCCAGACCGGUUUCGGUCAAGUCCCCCAACGGCGGCGAUCCGUCCUGGAAGGGUUCCCGAGCUGUCUCCAGCCCUUACUUGACUUCCCCAUCGGCCAUGCAAGCCCUGGCGGUGGGCCGAUCCGUGUCGAGUUCAUACAUCGACAAUGGACCUUCGACUCCCGUGCUCAUGGCCAAGAAGAUCAACGUGUCUUCCGGAAUCUCGAGCCGUAUUAAGGCCCUAGAGAAGUUCACUAGCAGGGAAGGUCCUCCUCCUGGUUCGACUACGGUUACUGGACCGUCCGCCUCUUCCUCAUUUGAGGAGUUGCGUAAGCGUGCAUCUGUAUCGUUCCCUAAUGGUACUAUUCCGGACUUUUCUCGCGCUCCCAGCGUGAACCAUCAUGAGGCACGCCCCGUCUCGGCUGCCAACCGCCGUACGAACUCGAUCUCUGUAACGGCUCGCAUCGUCCGUGAUACCAGUGUAUCACCGGACUCCUCUGGAGUUGAGCCAUCGGAAUCAGAUGUGCUUAAUCUCCAGGCCAGCCCCCUCACCGUGGAGCAGCAUGAGACAACUGACGAAGCGGUGUCUAAUGGCCAGGCCGUCGAGUCUACCGCCCCACGCGCGGAGGAUCGCACAUUGUCCAUUUCAUCUGCUGGCUCCAACCGCCAAGUCACUGCAGUCUCUCGCCCUACCAGCCGCCUGUCAUUGUCAUCGCGCUCCAAGACUGAUGAGAGUCUCCAUUCCGCAUCACCCACCGACGAGAAGAAGGGCUCCCGCGCCUCUCGCCUGAUGCGCCGCAUGUCGUCGAUCACCUCGAAUUCUCGCCGCAGCAUCAUCGGGGCUCUUAGCCCACCCGUGAAGGAAGAGACCGCAGAGUUUCCUUUGGGUAACGCGGCUAUCUCGAAGUCCUCAUCCCGCCAGACCCUCUCCGAGCCCAUCGAGAUUGGCGAAGUCAACGUUCAGUUUCCAGAAACCCUCCUCUGGAAGCGCCGAUUUAUGCGCAUCGAUGAGGACGGCUACGUGGUUCUCACCCCCGGCACCAAUGAUGCCAGUGCUCGCAACAUGACCAAGCGCUAUCACCUGACCGAGUUCCGGACGCCUUGUCUUCCAGAUGAGGACAUGCAGGAGCUGCCUAACAGCAUUCUGCUGGAUUUCCUGGAUGGUAGCACGCUGCAGUGCGCGUGUGAGUCACGACAGGGACAAUCCUGGACUCUACAGACUCUUGUCGAUGCCCACAACGUCCACCAGCAAUGAUUCUAUGCAUUGGCGGCUUCCCAGGACAGGAACUCCUCCUCUAACUACAUCCUUCCUCAUUUUCUUUUCUCGCCUCAUAGAUUUGAGCCACAUUUAUCAUCGCAUCAUCACCGUCAUCCCUGCGCACAUUGUUUCCUUUUCCUUGUCUCUCCAUUUCAGUCCACCCUGGCCGACUGGCCUUGUGUCUAUCUGCCACACACAUAUCAUUUCUUAUCUCUUCUCACCCUCGUCAUUUCUCCCAUUUCCCGUUCACUGUGAAUCUUUGAUCUCCAUUCUCUCUCUGUAUGUGCGUGUGAUAUAUGUGGCAUGUUCGUGGUAUACCCCCUUUUCCAGGUCAAAAAGCCUCUUUCGCCUAUUUUUUUUUUCUUUUUUCCUUCCUUGCCUUCACCUCCUCCCAUGUUUUGAAGCAAAGGCCUUCUUUCGUGGACUGUCAAUGCAACUUUCUAUCUCCCGUGUACAGGUGAAAGACAACGCAAUCCUCCUAGUCAUUGCAACGUCUUGCGUCCGCCGUGACUGGCGCGGAGUUUGUGUUACCACCUCAUUUUCUCCUGAUCUGUUUUCCAUAGCUGCAUGGUAUGGCAUACAACGUCUACAUCACAUUUUUCUAUCUUUUCUGUUCGAACGUAA